CCUUGGUGGGAGCCGCAGCAGCCCGCGGCGUGCAGAGCGGGAGAGGUUGCAAAAGCAGCUGCUCCCCAGACCCCCUGAGCCGCUGCCCCAGGAGAGUCACAGCGGCCCUGCUCAGCCCCCAGGCCGCUGCCAGGGCUCAGCAAGCAAGGACGAGGACGCCCCGGAGGGAGCCCUCCCUUCUCCCGGCAAAGGAAGCCAUCGCACUCAUCGGGAAUAGCUCGCCGCCCAGCCCUGCCGAGCACUUUUGGAGACUGCUGGGCUGGGAACCUGAGCAGCCAGAGCUGGACCAGGGUGCGGACACAGGAAGGACCUGCAGAGACAACAGAGAUGUGAGAGGGGAGGGAAAUGCUCCCCCUCGCCCCCAACUUUCGACUCCUCUUUGAGAAGGUCUUUCCUGGCACAGUCCUGGACGUCUGACUUUUUUCCCUUGGAGAUCGCACGAGCUUUUCCUCCUCGCUGCCUUCGGAAAUCCUCCCUCCGGAAGGAACACCUCGCAGCUUCCGCGCUUUCUGGGAUAAGGUCUUGUCCCGGGGGAGAGAGUGUCUAGGGGACAGGUGAAUCUGAGCCCAGGAGGCGGGGGCCAGCAUGCAGGUGUCCUUCGUGUGCUCGGAGCACAGCCUCAAGGGCCGGGGCCCCGAGGAGCGGCUGGGCCGGCCGGCGGCCAGCAGCCCCAGCCUGGGUUCCCGUGGCCGCUUCCGUGCCGUGGCCAUGGUGGCCCGGAGCCUGGGACAGCUGUCGGUGCAGAGCCUCCCGUGCACCGGGGACGCCAGUGUGAAGCCGCACGGGAUGAAAUAUAGGUACGAGGGGCAGAUGGCUUUGAGAGUGGCUCAUGAAGGGCCGGGAACCUGGGUGACCUUUGGAGGCCAGAUCACCGAUGAGAUGGCGGAGCAGCUGAUGACCUUGGCCUACGACAACGGCAUCAACCUCUUCGAUACGGCAGAAGUCUAUGCGGCCGGCAAGGCCGAAGUGGUUCUAGGGAACGUCAUCAAGAAGAAGGGCUGGAGACGGUCCAGCCUCGUCAUCACCACCAAGAUCUUCUGGGGAGGAAAAGCGGAGACCGAGAGGGGCCUUUCCCGGAAGCACAUAAUAGAAGGUCUGAAGGCCUCCCUGGAGCGGCUGCAGCUGGAGUAUGUGGACGUGGUCUUUGCCAACCGCCCGGACCCCAACACGCCCAUGGAAGAGACCGUACGAGCCAUGACGCACGUCAUCAACCAGGGGAUGGCCAUGUACUGGGGCACGUCGCGCUGGAGCUCCAUGGAGAUCAUGGAGGCCUACUCGGUGGCCCGGCAGUUCAACCUGAUCCCGCCCAUCUGCGAGCAGGCCGAGUACCACAUGUUCCAGCGCGAGAAGGUGGAGGUGCAGCUGCCCGAGCUGUUCCACAAGAUAGGCGUGGGCGCCAUGACCUGGUCCCCUCUGGCCUGCGGCAUCGUUUCGGGGAAGUACGACAGCGGCAUCCCACCGUACUCCAGAGCCUCCUUGAAGGGCUACCAGUGGCUGAAGGACAAGAUCCUGAGCGAGGAGGGCCGGCGCCAGCAGGCCAAGCUGAAGGAGCUGCAGGCCAUCGCUGAGCGCCUGGGCUGCACCCUGCCCCAGCUGGCCAUAGCCUGGUGCCUGCGGAACGAGGGUGUCAGCUCCGUGCUCCUGGGCGCCUCCAACGCCGACCAGCUCAUGGAGAACGUGGGAGCCAUUCAGGUCCUUCCCAAACUGUCGUCUUCCAUUAUCCACGAGAUCGAUAGUAUUUUGGGCAAUAAACCCUACAGCAAAAAGGACUACAGAUCCUAAGACACCCCGCCCGCCUGCUCGGACAGUCCCCGUCUCCCUCCUAGUCUUUGUUUGCUCGCUUAAGCCGUUCUGGAGCCGAGUGGAGAGUGUGGUUUCCAUCAAAGAGAAAACACUCGCCAUGACAUCAUCGGGAAAUGGUCUCCCACGUCGCUGCCAGACGCCACCCACUGCUUCGCCAGACCACGUGGAAGUCGGGUUUGUGCCCGAGAAGCAUUGGUUAGGAAGAACGUGGAAGCAGUCCCACCCAAGCCUGUCGCCUCUGCUCAUCCUCCCAGAGAAGAACACCCAGCUGUCUCCCACCCUCGGCCCUUCGCGGCGAUUCCCGAAGUCAAGGCCAGGCCAAGGCCUGGUUGGGUCUUCCGGGCGGGCAGGGCCGACCUCUCCUCUGCCAAGACCCGCUUCCUGGUGUUGGGGGAGGGGAAGAGGGGUCUGGCCCUUCCAGGGGCCCCCUGUGCCAGGGCCCUGGUGAUUGGGCGGGGCCUCCCCACUGGGGGUCUUCCUCAACCUCCCUCUUUCCAAGGGCUCCAGGUACUUUCUGGGGACCUGACCCCAGAUUCCUCCCCUGUCCUUCUAUGCCCUGACCUGCCCACUGGGUCUCGGCAGGGGCACACCCACCCAGCCGGCCUUGCCCCCCCCACCCCGUCCCUCGUUGGCAGGGGCAGGGACCCCAGAGGGAGUGGCUGUGUGGCUUGGGACCCACAAAAGUUCAGGGCUCAGAUGGCUAGCCCUGCAGUCUUCCUGCCUGCACACCGCUGAGGAGCCCAGGCCAGGGAGGCCUGGAGCACUGGGGAGGGGCUCAGAGGAAUAGGCCCCUCUGUCCUUGCCCCGGAAGGCCCUGUGGCUUUGCACUCAGAGCUGGACCGUGGCUGCUGCCCACACAUGGGCAGGUGGCAGCAGGCAGGGCCCCUGUGCACAAGGACAUGCUCCCCUCGGUCUGCAGAGACCCUCCUCUAAAACCACCCCCGCCUCAGGCCUCUGUUGUGUGCCGGGGUGGUGGGCUUGGGUUUUGCAGACAGAAGAUGCUUAGACCCUUCCGGUAAAGGAAGGUCCCUGUGGUUCUCUGAGCUGCCUGCCCAGGGGCUGGGGCGGUACCCCAGCAGCAGCCCUACAAAGUAGGGAAAGACCUCAGGGAAACUCUCCCUGGAGAGAGGGCUGGGGCUGGCCGGUCCCUCCACACCACCCCCUGCCUGGGACAGCUGGGGAGAGAGAGGGAGGGCAGCACGGGCCCAAGUCAGGCCCUGUGCAUCGCGGGGCUGGAGGGAUGGUGACGCCAGCAAGCCUGCAGGAGGUGGUGGCCUGGAGGCCCCUCCUGUGGUCCUUUGCGGGCUACACGGGGGCAGAACCAGCCCCACCACACCCUUUGCCUGCUGGCUCCACCCCCGGAGGAGCUGCCGUUCUGAGCAGGCCACUCCCUGGCCAGUCCUGGCCAGGCCGAGGCCUGGGGCCCUGCUGUGAGAAAGGCACAGAUGCAGGGGGGGGGGGCGGGGAGGGGAAUGGCUUCCUCUUUUUCCGCCCCACCUUCCUGCUUGACCCUGGAGUCCAAAACCUUGGCCCUCCCCUAGAGCAAGCCCUGGGGGUCUCCUCCGCCAACACCUGCCGCAGGCUUCGCCAGAGCAGCCCUCGGGGUGUGGGGGGUGCCCCCAGCAGAGGUCCCAGCCCAUGGCACCACACGGGGCUCAGGCGCCUGCUCCCGGGACAGCCCUGCAGGGGCAGGUGCUGCGGAAGGACAAGACGGCCCUCCCCUCGCAGGCAGGGAGGUGGCUGGUCCUGUCUGCACAGCUGCCCCCGGCCCCGUCCGCUGUUUGAAGAUGGACCAGGGCGUGUGGGCGCCGGGUGGGGCUGCUGCUCCCCGUGAGCCACACACAGGGAGACAAGAGCCCCAGGGUGAGCUCUGCCAAGGCCCACGUGCCCGGCGCCAGGACCCAGGCAGCCUCCCAGCCCAGCACUUCCCACAAGCGGGUUCGGGGUGUCCUGUUCCACGCCCACUAACAGGGCAGGCAGGGCUCUGCUUCCUGGGGGCGGGUCCCCCAGCUCAGGAGGGGUGGGUGGGGGAGAGGUGUCAGGUGUGGCCAUCGGAGAAGGAGGAAGACCACGGGCAGUGUGAGCCUGCGAGGGCAGCGCCGGCCCCAGCUGGGCCCACUAUCCCACCCUGACCCGUGGUCGAACCCCAGGUCCCGAGGAAUGACAGGGCCAUCCUCCCGUCUUCCAUCCUCGUCCGGUCAUGUAAAUAAUGUGCUUCUCUCCCCCCAUUUUUUUUUAAUGACUGUGGUUCCUCAGCUGAUUGCAUUCCCCACCUAGGCAGAGACUGCCACAUGCCUCGAGCUUCCAAAGGAGACUCAGACCGAGACAGCCACCGUGUCCAUGGAAUGACAAAAUAAAGCCCAAGCCCCUCGGUCUC